AUGAUCUCCUUGAGCAUCCAUGAUUAUGUUAUGGUUUUGGAUGACCUCAAAAGGAAAGUUCAAUGCAUGCAUGUGGCUAUUGCCUUCGGAUGUUGCUCAAGCGAACUAUUCAGGAAGCAAAUUGAAAUUGUUGAAGCCAAAGGCAAGAGUCUUGCUCGAGAACUAGACCAGCAUGGGCAGUAUGGUGGUGACUCACAAGCACCAAUUUCGAAGGAAUUUGUUGAGUUCUUCCUCGAAAUGGGGAUUGUGUUAAGAAUUAAGCUUGCUGAUCUUGGUUCACCAAGUUUUCAGAAGAUGCUUGGUGAAAUCACUUCUGAUGAACUAGAAGGUGGGAUGCUAGAAGAGCAACUGAAGAAUAUUGUGCAAGAAAAACUUGACCAAAAGAGCCAAACAUCGGCUACAACCAGCUAUACGAUCCUGAUGGAUGAAUGGAUAAAUGAAAAAGGUUGA